AUGGCGGCCGGAGAGCCAGGGAAUUUGGGUGGCUAUUACUUUAGAUUUCUGCCUCAGAAAACCUUCCAGUCCCUUACCGCCCAGGAGACCACCAGCCGGCUCCGACAAUGGUCCAUGCUGGGUAGAAUCAAGGCGCAGGCGUUCGGAUUUGACCAGAACUUUCAGGCCUUUCGGAAGGAUGAUUUCAUUAUGGCUUUUUUCAAAGACCCAAAUGUUACUUCCAAUUUGAAAUUACUUUCAGAUUCUUCUGGACAAUGGAUUACAUUAGGAACUGAAGUGAAAAAAAUUGAGGCUAUAAACAUUCCUUGCACACAGCUUUCAAUGGCAUUCUUUGAUCGAUUAUAUGAUGAAAAUAUUGUACGAGAUAAUGGACAUAUUGUCAAAUGUUUAGAUUAUUUUUGUGAUCCCUUUCUCAUUUCUGAUGAGUUAAGAAAAGUUUUGCUAAUGGAAGACUCAGAAAAAUAUGAAGUGUUCAGCCAAACAGAUAGAGAAGAGUUCCUGUUUUGUCUUUUCAAACACCUUUGCCUUGGUGGAGCCCUUUGUCAAUAUGAAGAUGUGCUUAAUCCGUAUCUGGAGACAACAAAACUUAUCUACAAGGAUCUGGUGAGUGUGCGAAAGAAUCCUCAAACCAAGAAAAUACAAAUUACAUCUUCUAUCUUUAAAGUUACAGCAUAUGAUUCUGCCGGUAUGUGCUACCCUUCAACAAAUAGUCAUGAACAGACAUUUUCUUACUUUAUUGUAGACCCCAUCAUGCGUCAUGUUCAUGUUUUAUACCACUGUUAUGGUAUGGGGGAAAUGUCUUAA